AUGUCACCCAACACCUCACCAGCAAUUAUUUUCUUCGAUGUCUUGGGCACAAUUGUGGAAUGGAGAUUUUGCAUCGCGAAGCAACUCAAUGCCGCAGCCCAAAAGGUCCUGCAAGAUCGAACACAAUCUCUGAGUGAAGAUAUGCGGACACGUGUCUCUCACAUGUCUACUUCGAGCUGGCGCGGAGUAGCUGAAGAGUGGCAUCUUGCAUAUAUGAACUUUGGGGACAAUUAUGAUACAUCUCAGCCUUUUGUCUCAGUGGACGAACACAACCGCAUAUCUUUAGAAAACAUUCUCACCAAACACCUUCUCCGCGAUUUAUUCAAUGACGACGAUCUGCAAAAUUUAACACUGGCUUGGCAUCGACUUGACUCAUACUCUGACAGUGUACCUGGCCUUGCCUUGCUGAAUACUAAAUUUCUGACGUCGACAUUAUCAAACGGCAAUGUGAAACUACUUGAAGAUCUACAGAGACACAAUUCCUUGCCUUUCAAGCAUAUUACAAGUGCCGAGCAUUUUGGUGCCUAUAAGCCAUCUCCCGAGGCCUAUAAUGGCGCUGCUCGCAGGUUCGGUUUCGAGAAUUCGCAAUGUUGUCUCGUCGCGGCUCAUCUUGAAGACUUGCAGGCUGCUAAGAAAUGUGGGUUCCGGACAAUCUAUCUGGAGCGAGAAUUGGAGGAAGCUUGGGAUACUGAGGGCGUUGCACGGGCUAGGGAAGAAGGGGUUGUCGAUCAUUGGAUCGAUGUUGGAGGGUCUGGUCUUAUUGAAGUUGCGAAAUACUUCGAUAUCACGGAAUAG